UUCAAGCACCACUGUAGAUAAGAUGGAUACAUUUCUGGAUAGAACUAGUGUUAAAAAUGGGAUGAAUGGAGACUUGGGUGUUGCUUUACAAUACCGUUCAAAAGUUUGGGGUCACCCAGAGAAUUUUGUGUUUUCCAUGAAAAGUCACACUUUUAUUUACCACCAUAAGUUGUAAAACGAAUAGAAAAUAUAGUCAAGACAUUUUUCUGGCCAUUUUGAGCAUUUAAUCGACCCCACAAAUGUGAUGCUCCAGAAACUCAAUCUGCUCACAGGAAGGUCAGUUUUAUAGCUUCUCUAAAGAGCUCAACUGUUUUCAGUUGUGCUAACAUGAUUGUACAAGGGUUUUCUAAUCAUCCAUUAGCCGUCUGAGGCAAUGAGCAAACACAUUGUACCAUUAGAACACUGGAGUGAUAGUUGCUGGAAAUGGGCCUCUAUACACCUAUGGAGAUAUUGCACCAAAAACCAGACAUUUGCAGCUAGAAUAGUCAUUUACCACAUUAGCAAUGUAUAGAGUGGAUUUCUGAUUAGUUUAAAGUGAUCUUCAUUGAAAAGAACAGUGCUUUUCUUUCAAAAAUAAGGACAUUUCAAAGUGACCCCAAACUUUUGAACCGUAGUGUGUGUAAAAGUGUAAGAGAUGAUGCAGGGUGUUGGGGAGGUCAGGAACUGAUGACAGUACCAAGAAGCACCAUCUCUACUCUUUCAUCCAGUGUUCAUAGCAAUUUCACCUGUCAGGGGAAAAUAUCUAUAAAAAUGAGUGUAAAAAUAAUUGAUACAAAACCACAUACAUGUAGUUUAACUCUCAUUUGGCUCCGUUUGAAACAUAAGGAGCUCCAUUCUACAAGAAAACUGCCUUGUCAUCGCUUUGUACCUUGUGCUCAUUUUACUGCGCAUGCCCGUCCGCUGGCUUCUGAUUGGACCUAAGUCACAUGUAUAUUUCACGAAUUUUGAUUGGAGAAGAAGUAACAGUCGUUUCCAUAAUGCGACGCCGUCUCCAUGGUAUUCCAAUAUGGCGGCCCACGGACGGCACCCCAUUUUGUCCUCCAUGCCCCUGCAGGUCCUGUUUUAUUUGAAUGUCUGGUAUUUUGCUGCCUUCUUUAUAGCUGAAAUUCUAAUGUUUAUCUAUAAAGGAAUCUUGCUUCCGUACUCUCAGGCCAAUCUUAUACUGGAUAUUGUUCUGUUGUUUCUCUAUCUCGGUCUUGAAGCCCUGCGACUAUUUUAUGGCUGGAAGGGGAACCUGUGUGAGAGCACGCUGAUCCUCAUCGUUAGUGUCGGUGUCUUGGUGCCAUGCACAGUAAUAAGCGUCUACUAUCUGCUCCUGCAGACUUUUAUACUGCGUCUUGAAUUUAUCCUCAAUGCUAUCUUACUCUGCUUCUACACUUUAGAGCUGGUUCUGGCUCUAAUAACCAUUGCAGCUUUUUCCAGGGCCAGUGUUUAUUGAAGAUGUUUAUGAAGACAAGGAAAUAUUUGUUAGAACAAGAAUAUCCCGUAUUCUUGUGUGGUAUCCAGUUUUCAACAUGGCAAUGUUUCUCAAUAUUGUGUGGAUCUGCACGACUUACUGCACUUCUCAUCCUCUUUUAACACCAACUGAGAUCACAAUCAGACAAGUCCAACUUUAAAUGCAUAGAGAUGAAGUACUUCAAUAUUUCAUCUUGUUCAAUAUUGCCACAAACCUUUUUUUAUUGCAGUCAUUUCUGCCAUUGUGUCUUUGUUUUGUAUUUGAUUAGAGUUUUUUUGUAUUUUGAUAGUACGAAACGCAUUUUUUUUAAAUAAAUGGAAAAUAUUUUUACUAAACAUAAUUUCCUUCUACAUUGCUUUGAUUGUGUUAAUUGAUGGAGUUCAAGUUCACUUGUUGGGUUAUUUUUGUUUUAUUGUUUACUGAGGGGGCAGCACGGUGGUGUAGUGGUUAGCACUGUCGCCUCACAGCAAGAAGUUCCUGGGUUCGAGCCCCGUGGCCGGCGAGGGCCUUUCUGUGCGGAGUUUGCAUGUUCUCCCCGUGUCUGCGUGGGUUUCCUCCGGGUGCUCCGGUUUCCCCCACAGUCCAAAGACAUGCAGGCUAGGUUAACUGGUGACUCUAAAUUGACCGUAGGUGUGAAUGUGAGUGUGAAUGGUUGUUUGUCUCUGUGUCAGCCCUGUGAUGACCUGGCGACUUGUCCAGGGUGUACCCCGCCUUUCACCCGUAGUCAGCUGGGAUAGGCUCCAGCUUGCCUGUGACCCUGUAGAACAGGAUAAAGCGGCUACAGAUAAUGGAUGGAUGUUUACUGAAGCAUGUCUUAGCUUUACAUGAUUUACACAUGUAUACCCUAUAGAACCAAGUUCUUGUUCCAGUCUUGUUUUUCCUCCACUGCCCUUUUCUGAUCUUUAGUUACUGUAUAAAGAGACAGCGUCUGGUUGGCUACUGAUUCAAUUGCAGAAUAGUCAGCGGUUAACAAUUCAAGAAGCAAGAAACCUUUAUUUCACAUACGUACAAUUAAGCACAGACUUAAGCACAAUGAAAUGCCUUCUCUGCAUUUAACCCAUCUGAAGCAGUCAACACACACAGAGCAAUGGGCAGCUCUGCUACAGCACCUGGGGAGCAGUUGGGGGUUAGGUGCCUUGCUCAAGGGCACUUCAGCCAUGAUACAGAGGGAGGGGAGAGUCUUGUUCAUUCACUCAACACCCCUUACAUUUUUUUCUUGCCAGUCCCGGGACUCAAACUGGCGACCCCUUGGGCCCAAUUCCUAGUCAAAGCACUCAGACAGGACUGUUGGUUGGUCAGGGCUAAGGAUUCUUGGAACAUAGUGAUCUGAAAACGGGUUGAUUAAGGAUAGGAGUACUGGUUUGGAUUUACUGGAUGAGUGGAUGUCUGAGAAAAAAAGAGAAUAACUCUGAUGCAGUAGGGGGUGGAACUUUGUCCUGAACUUCUGUUUGUAGCUUAGGAAUGUGACCUAGGCAUUUCCUUAUAAAGAAAAUAUCUCCGAUCCGAGAUUAGGAGAUGUUUUCCACAAUAGGAGGAAGAACCCAGUCCGCCUUUUUAUCUGUGACUGUCAGUGAAUCCCUUUGUUUCACUCCAACUUCGACAGCCCACAACAAUGAGGCUAUGUGAGAACAGCUCUCUCCAAGGCUUGUAAUACAGUCACAGUGUGCGGCCACAAUCUUGCCAUUUUCUUCACUGAUAAUCCAUGGAGUGAAAGGUUUUCAGUUAUUUUUUGUGAGUAGUGAACCUGGAAUAGAAUAUUUAGAAAAAUUUAGACCUGGGGACAAGAUAAACUUGAGACAAAGCCAACAACAAUUGACAAUCAGUAACGCAAUUGACAAGCUUACCUUUCCAAUUACUAGUCGAUUUUCAUCAAAUGUUUUAACAAGCACUUCCCUGACCCAGCCAUUCAUGAAGUUUUGGUAGCAAGCUAAGCUUUUGUAGUUUUUUUUUUUUAACUCUUCUUCUAUGUAGGGACUCUUAGAAAAGAGAAGGUACAAUCCAACAUCUAUGUAGGUAACGCAAGGCCACAAAUCUAAAUCAUCACUCCAAUCUUUUCGAGGAAUUUUGUAUUGCUCAUAACCACCAAUAAACUCUAAUUUCCACCUGUAUCUAUCCUUUGCUUCUUUCUGACUUAGAUUAUCCAAGUAAUCUGGUAGUAGAGCUUUUUUAGCUGUAAUUUUCUUUGGAUGAUGGAUGCCAGACAUCUUCACUUCUCUUCAGUAUGUGAGCAGGAUGUAAACAAAGUUUGCGUGUCCCCCAGGACAAAGGUAGCCAUGGUUGCUGACAUAAAUAUGAUGUCACUGAAAUUGGGUCUAUAGGAAAAGUUUCCUGUUUUAGGUUUGCAAAACUUUUUUUUAGUAACACUUUA